AUGAAACAUGUAUUUAUCAAUAUAACUUAAAGGUCACUCAAUAAGAAUAUGGUAGUCCAUAAGUACUUAAAUUAGGAGAAUCAGAUAUACCAAAACCAUUAGAGAACUAAUCAUUAAUUGAGAUCAAAUCAACUUCAAUAAAUAGAGCAGAUACUUUAUAAAGAUAAGGGUUGUAUGCUAUACCCAAAGGAAGUACAUCUAUAUUAGGAUUGGAAUUUGCUGGUUAUGAACUAGAUGAAAAUGGAAACAGAAUAAGAAAAGUUAUGAGUAUCUUACCAGGAGGUGGAUAUUCUUAAUUUGUGGUAGUAAAUAAAGAUCAUUUAAUUGAUGUUCCUGCUAAUAUCCCUUUAGAAAUUGUAACGAGAUUCAUUUAAAUAGGCUGGAGGAAUUUGUGAGGUUUAUUUGACUGCUUAUCUUUUAUUUAAAUUAUCGGAUUUAAGAAAAGGAGACUCAUGUUUAAUUUAUGCUGCAGCAUCAGGGGUUGGAUAAGCAGCUUUGUAAUUAAGCAAUAUCUUUGGUAUCAAUGCUAUAGCUAGUUGUUCUAAAGGAAAAGUUGAUGCUAUAAAAAAAUACACAAAAAAUAUUAUCAUAAGAGAUGAAUCAAUUGAUGAAUAAUUCAAAUAAUUAUAAACUCUUUUUCCUUAAGGAGUGAAUGCAAUAUUUGAUUGUAUAGGUAAAUAGAAUUAUAAGUUAACUGUGGAUAGUUUAGCAAUAGAUGGAAAAUGGAUUUUAUAUGGUUUAAUUACAGGAGGAUUAAUUGAAAAUUUCAAUUUAGGAUCUUUAUUACAAAAAAGAAUAAGUUUAAUAAAUACAACUUUAAGGUAGAUUAUAAAUAUAUUUUAAUAGAUCAAGACCUGAUGAUUUUAAGAAGAAUUUGAUAGCGGAAUUUAAAUAAUAUGUUUUACCAUAUAUUGCUAAUGGGGAUAUUGAGAUUCCAGUAGAUUCAAUAACAAAAAUAAAAUGGGAUCAAAAUGGAAUUAAUGAAUUUAUUAGAUUACAUACAGAAAUGGAUUAAAAUAAGAAUGUUGGGAAAUAGAUUGUAGUUUUUGAAUGA